UUUCCUUCUUCACACAUCAUCACUUUCCUUUUUCUCUUCUCCCUGCCAUGCCCUCUGCCUCUUCCCACGCCGCUGCUUCCCCGAGUUUUUAUUUUUCUCUCUUCUGUGUUUUGCUUUUUCUCUGCCAUUUUCAUCUUUCUCCCUCAUAAUAUCCCCUUAUAGGCUUCACACGUAUCUAUUGUGUGUUGUGUUUGUGGGGAAAGCAAAUAUAUAUACCUGCUUUAGUGUCUGUAUUUCCCUUUUGAAAUCACUGAGGAAAAUCUCUUUUGAAGUUUCUUUUGCCUCGCGAGUUUUAGGAGAAGCAGAAAAGGAAGUCAAGUAUUCUUUUUCACAGAACGCUCUCUGGUUUUCCUUCUUCAUUGAAACACAAAGCAUGGAAGAUGAAAACCCAGAUUUUUCAUCCCACAAAUUCCCAUCCAUGUCUCAGAUUGUCGAAGAGCUUAAAGAGCUAUGGAGUAUGGUGUUACCCAUAACCGCCAUGAACAUGCUAGUGUUCGUUCGAGCCGUCGUGUCGGUUCUGUUUUUGGGUCGGCUGGGGAAACUGGAGCUCGCCGGAGGCGCACUGUCCAUAGGGUUCACGAACAUCACAGGCUACUCUGUUCUGGCGGGUCUAGCCUCAGGGCUCGAACCAGUAUGUUCACAGGCCUAUGGAGGCAAGAAAUGGGACCUCCUUUCUCUCUCUCUUCAACGUAUGGUCUUCAUCCUCCUCAUGGCCAGCAUACCCAUAAGCCUGCUCUGGUUAAACCUCGAGAACAUCAUGAAUUUCAUGGGCCAAGACAGAGAAAUUACGGCAAUGGCAGGGAUUUACUGUUUCUACUCUCUCCCAGACCUUUUAACAAACACCUUGUUGCAACCACUAAGAGUAUAUCUCCGGUCGCAGCAGGUGGCGAAGCCGAUGAUGUUCUGUUCCCUGAUCGCGGUGAUAUUCCACGUGCCGUUAAACUUCUGGCUGGUGCGGCGGGGGGUGGCGGGGGUGGCGACGGCGUCGGUGGUGACGAAUCUGAACAUGGUGGUGCUUAUGGCGGCGUACGUGUUGUUGUGGAGGAAGAAGGAGAGAGGGAUGAGGUGGAUGUGGGGGUGGGAAGUGGUGGAGGAAGGGUGGUGGGAGCUGAUAAAGGUGGCGGUUCCGAGCUGUUUAGGGAUAUGCUUAGAGUGGUGGUGGUACGAGAUCGUGACGGUGCUGGCGGGGUACCUGCAGAAUCCGACGGUGGCCGUGGCGGCGACCGGCAUAUUGAUUCAAACCACUAGCAUGAUGUACACUGUCCCCAUGGCUCUCGCAGGCUGCGUCUCUGCCAGGGUGGGGAAUGAGCUUGGAGCUGGUAAGCCCUACAAGGCCAAGCUUGCAGCUAUGGUUGCUUUGGGAUGUGCAUUUGUGAUGGGCUUUAUAAACGUGACGUGGACGGUGAUUCUUAGGAAGAUAUGGGCCGGGUUUUUCACCAAAGACGAGUUCGUCAAAGCCCUAGUUGCCUCGGUGAUGCCAAUUAUGGGUCUCUGUGAGCUUGGAAAUUGCCCACAAACAACGGGUUGUGGCAUUCUCCGUGGCACUGCCCGGCCCGUCAUUGGGGCCCACAUCAACCUCGGCUCAUUCUACUUUGUGGGUACCCCUGUGGCUGUGGGCUUGGCCUUUUGGUUCAACAUCGGGUUUAGCGGGCUUUGGAUUGGGCUCUUGUCCGCCCAAGUGGCAUGCGCGGUGUCGAUUUUGUAUGUUGUCCUAGCACGUACGGAUUGGGAAGGUGAGGCACUAAGGGCCGAGAAGCUCACUGAGGCCAAGAUAAGUAGCUGCAACGGGCUCGACCCAGGGCUCGAGCUUAAAGCUAAAGAUGUGAGUGAUGAGAAAGAUGGAGAAACCAAGCAGUUUUUGGUGAAAGGGAAUGGGAAUAAAGAAGAGGUGUGUUAGGAGAGAAGGGUUGGUUUCUUUCUCUAGUUAGUUUGAUUGAUGUUGUUGAUGGGGAAUGAAGUGGGGGUGUGUUUGGCUGGUAGGAAAGUGCCAGAAUUCUGUGUAAAAAGUGUUGAAUCUUUACUUGCUAUUACAUAGUAUUGGAGAUGGCCCAAAAUUUUGGUUGGUAAAAGUGGCUUUUGCAUGUUGGGACAUGUGAGGGAAAGCAUAUCAGGUUUGUGAGGGGAAUGUGGGUCUCUGGUCAAAUUUGCCAAAUAUUGAUAAGUGCUUCAGAGAUCUCACAAAUGCAGCAUUGUGUUUCAAAGCUGUCACUGCACCUAAA